CAUAAUAACUCAUUCAGCUUUAAUUGUAUUAACUCUCCAAUCAUCCUCACCUCCUAUUCUUAUAUUGUAUACUAAGUUCCAUAUCCCAUCCCAAGAUGUCGUGGCAAACCUACGUCGACGAGCACCUCAUGUGCGACAUCGAAGGCAACAAACUAACCGCCGCCGCCAUCCUCGGCCACGACGGCAGCCUCUGGGCCCAGAGCGCCAACUUCCCUAAGUACAAACCAGAGGAAAUCACUGCCAUCCUGAAGGAUUUUGAUGAACCCGGUUCACUCGCUCCCACCGGCAUGUUCCUUGGUGGCCAAAAAUACAUGGUCAUUCAAGGCGAGCCCGGGGCCGUUGUUCGAGGCAAAAAGGGACCCGGUGGCAUUUGCAUCAAGAAGACUACUCAAUGCCUACUGUUUGGAAUAUAUGACGAGCCAAUGACUCCUGGGCAGUGCAACAUGGUUGUGGAGAGGCUCGGAGAUUACUUGGUUGAUCAGGGCUAUUAAUCAAUCAUCUUUAAUUGGUUAAGAUUAUUAUUAUUAUUAUAAGUCGGAGCAGAGAGCCAAAGAACUGCAGGUAGCAGGGUAGAUGCAAUCUGUUUCUGGAUUCUUCAAGUAUUCAACAAUGGAGUCUUUUUUUGGGCUUUUUAUUUUUAUUUUUUAACAAUUUUUGUUUACUGUUUUGGUUUUGUAUGGUUUUCGUUUAAUUACUGCGAUGUUUGAAUGGGUGCGACGGAUUUGAUUGCACGCAAUUCAUAACAUUUGGUUCUGUAUUUUUUAUUUUAUUAUGCAAUAACUACAUAAAGGUUUUGCCAA